CCAACCCCAUCGCCUUCAAUCACUACACACAUCUCGACUCUUUAGCACAACAGCACGCGCAAUGGGUGUCCAGAAGACCGUCAUCAGCGAGGGCAACGGCCCAACCCCUCAGAAGGGCGACCGCGUCACAAUGGAGUACACCGGCUGGCUGCGCACCGCUGGCAAGCCAGAGGAGAAGGGCAACCAGUUCGACUCCACGACUGGAAGGGGUAGCUUUGUCACGCCGAUUGGCGUUGGAAGGGUUAUCAAGGGCUGGGACGAGGGUGUCGUUCAGAUGAAGCUCGGCGAGAAGGCGAGGCUGGACAUCACUAGCGACUUUGCCUAUGGUGAUCAGUCGUUCCCCGGUCUGAUUCCUCCCCACUCGGAUCUCAUCUUCGAGGUCGAGCUCAAGAAGAUCAACUAGAGGAAUAUAGACUGGUGGCAUCAUGAUUAGGUGUCUGGCAUAAGAGGCUUCCAGCGUCCAGCGCCCUGCUUCGUGUCACUUAUUCAGAACCGAAUUAAACAUAAGCGGCAUUACUUGAAUCAAUGGAUUGAUUGUUGUUUUAUAGUGAUCCUCCAUGUGCUUCUGCUUUUCUCCGUCUAUUCAUUUCUACCGCACUGUGCCACUGUGUCCAUUUACCGUGACCAGUUUGAACACACUUGCUAGGAAGAACUGCCUUCAUCCCGGGACCUCGCAAUAUCUAC